UGGAUUACGUGUUCGCCUGUGAUUGGUUCCCUUCCAUAGCUCUAAAGUGAGAAUCGAGACUGAGAAGCCAUCGAAGCUUUUUCUGUGGAACGACAUGGCGACGCUGCAACCAUCCACUCUGCAAAUCUCCAAUCCUUCAUUGUUCUCAUCAUCCGCACCUCAACCCCACGCGCCGCCGCCCCGCCGCCUGACCUUCACCCCCAGGGCGACCAAGGACGACUCCGACUCCGACUCCGGAUCCUCCUCCUCCGCCGAAUCCGACCCGGACAACUUCGAGUCCCGGCUCUCCCAGGUCCGGCUCCGGUACCGGAGCGGCACGGGCAAGAAGGCAGAGAUCCGGAAGAGCCGCAAGGGCAAGAAGUCUUCGUCGUCGUCGUCCCGGGGGGGAAUGUACCUGCCGCCGGUGGCGCUGAAGGAGCCCGUCUCCGGCAGAAUGAAGGUGGACUUCGGAUUCAGCCCCUAUUCGGAGCGGGUAAACGGGCGGAUCGCGAUUCUCGGACUGUCGGCUUUGCUGUUGGUGGAGCUGGCGACGGGCAAAAGCGUCAUUAAUUAUCAUUCGCCGGCAAUUGUGUUCGUCCAAGUUUAUUUUGUAGCGGCGGUUUCGGCUUUGUAUGUGAAAUAUGAGAAAGAGAGUGUGAGUGUUUGGCCACCUUCUCAGAAAUAAUGAAUUUUAAGGAUUUUUUUUCUUGUUUAA